AUGGCUGGUUCCAUACUCGUCCCUCUCUAUGUGUACCCCUCUGGUGGCGCAUGGGAACCUGUCUUUGCAAUGGCCACAUCAUUUCCUCAGGUGCAGUUUACCGCCGUAAUCAACGUUCAUGACGGACCAGGCUAUGGCGCAUUGCCGGACCCUGAGUACUCGCACGCCAUAACAACUUUAAAUGGUUUCAGCAAUGUACGCACUGUUGGUUACGUGGCUACCACGUGGUGUGAGAGAGAUUUGAGUUCUGCCCUCGACGAUGUUGCUGCAUAUUCCUUCUGGGGCGAGUACCAAGACUCGCUGGCCAUUGAUGGAAUAUUCGUCGAUGAGACUCCUACACAAUACUCCCAGGCUUUUGACUCGUAUCUGCAAACUAUUGCGCAAGCUGUUCACGCAAGUGACGGGCUAAAGGAGGGCUACAUCGGUAGGGUCACUUUCUCAUAUCGGCGCUGGUGUUGUAGGGGCCGCACGGAAGCCCGAUUCCCCAGAUCCUUGCAGCAGUUCUGCAUGUUGUUGCACCGGUCGUAUAUGCCAGAUCCUGACCUUUGCAGCCACAACGCCUGGUAUUGGUAUCCAUUGCAUCGGCAAUUGCAGGCGCGCAGGGCUGACAUUGUACCACAGUCCAUAAUCCAGGCGCACUUCCUGACCCACAAUUCUUCGGAGACUCCACCUCUCAGGAUAAUCACUCGCUCAGACCGGAUCUGA